AACUAGCUAACUAGUUGUUACCCUUGUGACUGCUGUCACAUUACAGUCAGUCAAAAUCAACCAGUAAUUAUAUUGUUGUAGUUUCCACAAAAAAAAAUAAAUGCUUGUUCACUGAAUCAGACAAUAUAUGUUCCGGAAGUAAAAUGUCGGGAAGAGUGAAACUUGACCUUGUGGAGCAUUACCAGAGAAUGCUGACCAUGUCCUUCAAACCUCCUAUAGAACCAAAACUAUUCGGAGAACUGCCUGAUCUGGAAACCAUUGCGCGGUUCAUCUCAGAUAUAGGAUUACUGAUCUGAACCCUCCAACAUGUAAAAUGAGAACGAAGAAGAAGAAGAACAACAACAAUUGUAUGUGUACCCUAAUUGUGUGAACAGCAGCAAAGUUUUUUAAGUGUUGAAAUACAGCUUCUGUCAUCCAUAGGACUGAACUUCUCUUUGCUUGGAGUUAUGUCCUCUGGAGCUGAAUCAGCGUCUGCACUAAAUGAUUAACAUUCAUUGAAAAUUGUCUAAGGGAACUUGAAUUAUAUUCUGCCUAAGAUGGACCACCGCAGGGAAAGAAUACGUUGUCUUCAGGAACUUGAACUGAAUGACAGCGCUUCUGAUGAUGAGAUCAAAAAAGCAUACAGGAAAGCAGCCUUAAAAUAUCAUCCUGAUAAGAAUUCAGAUCCAGAGGCAGUUGAUAAGUUCAAAAAAAUUUCUGCUGCUUACAGAUACUUGACUGAGGGGGAUUCUUUGAUCAAUGACACAAUGGAUAGUGACUUGAUCAAUAUUUUUCAGAACUUGUUUCCAUGGAUAUUUCAUCCCACUUUCCAUCAUCAUACUUCCCAUCAAACUAAAUUGUCACAUAUUUUCACUAUAACCAAGGAAGCUUUUGCUUUUCAAAGAAAUCCUUUUUAUGACUUCUACAAUUAUGACGAUGAUGAUGAUUCUAAAGAUGCUGAUAGUAAAGAUGACUAUUUUGUCAGUGCGUCAAAAAAUGCUUUUCAAAGAAAUCCUUUUUAUGGCUACUAUGAUGAUGAAGAUGAUGGUGAUUCUGAAGAUGAUGAUAGUGAAGAUGACUAUUUUGUCAGUGCAUCAAAAAAUAUGCAUUCUUCAGUAAAUUCUAGACCCUACACCCCAUCCUAUUCCUUCCACUCAACCAGUGGUCAGCAGAAAGGUGCUGAGGCCGGCCCUAGUCAGUUUUAUCGUCAGGACCUCAAUUUCACGACAGCCAAUGAGCAGCAUGGGCAGUAUUACCAUGAGAACAAGAAGACUGGAAAAUCUGCAAAGAAAAAGAACCGCAAUGCUAAAAGAGCUGAAAAAAUGGCAGCAGAUGCAGGCAAAAGCAAACCAGCCACACAUGUUGAUUCUAACCCAUCUACCCAACUAAAUUCCACAAGUGCUUCUAACUCCCAGUCUUUAUCAAAAGAGUACAGCCCAGAAGGUUCAUCUGCCUCAAACUCUGCUAGAGAUAGUCCAGUCCCCAAUAGCUCCGCUGAAGUUAAUAAGAAAGUCAAACUUGAAGAGACUACUGUGAAAAAAAGUAAAAAACAGAUUCUGAUGGAGCAGAAACAGAGAGAAAAGGAGGCCAACGAGAUUCGUGAGGAGCUGGAGCGCAAAGAAAGAGAGAAACGAGAGAAGAUUGAGAAAAAGAGAUUGCAGCAAGAAGAAAAAGAAAAAAAAGAGAGAGAAGCCAGAGAAGAAGAGGAAAGGAAGAGACAAUUGGAAGAGUUGAGAAGAGAAGAAGAGAGAAGAAAACUUCGAGAGAUUGAGGAAGAAAAAAAAAAGAGGAUGGCAGAAGAAGCUGCCAAGAAAAGAAAAGUAGAAGAACAACUGAGAAAGUUAAGAGAAGAUUUUGACAAAGAUCUGUUCCUCGAUGAAACUGGCGACUUUAAGUACACUGACCCAGAUAUGACCAACAUCAUUAAAUAUGACGAUCUAAAUGCACUAGGGAAUGCUCAUCCAACAUUACCAGUACAGAAACUAGACAACAUCAAUGGUCUCCACACCGAAGAUCUCAUAAAAUUGCAAAACCAAAAACCAAAUGGAAAUUCAAAAAGUCAAAACCAGAAAUUAGAGGAGAAAAAUCCAUUCAGCAGCCAAGUUGGACAAAACAGUGACCAGUACUACAGGACUGACCAAUCUAAACAGAAUGGCUUUAAAAAUAAAUCUUUCCAAACCUUGGUGUUUGAGAACAGCUCAUAUCCAAACAGUGGAUCGAGAUUAGGACCCCAUUAUCAACAACAUCCUGCUGGCUCACAGUUUCAACCUUAUCCUGGCUUCUCACAAUAUCAGCAGCAAUACCCUGCAGGCGGGGCACACUAUCUGAACCAUGGCCAGCAAAAUCCACACCCUGCAUUUGGGUCACAAUAUCUGAACUAUGGCCAGCAAAAUCCACAACAGAUGCGACAGCCUCCCAGGCCUCUCAAUAUACCAGACAUUAAUAUAAUUAAAAACGUCCCUCCACCCCCCCUACAAAACAAAUCUAUCAGCAUUAACAGGUUUCCUGCUUACCAAGGAAUGCGCCCCCCUCCAGGGUUCCUGAGAGCACCUAGGCCAAGCCAAAAUGUAACCAUGCGAAUGUAAAAUCAGAAACCAGACAUUAGUUGUUCUUGUGCAACUAACAUUCUGGGCUAUUUUUGUGGUAGCCUUUUAAGUUGUUUUUAAUCCCAUUUUUUUAAUAUAUAUUUUGGUUUUACUUUUAUUUGUACAUGUGUACAUGCUAUUUCUGUAUGUAUGAAUUUGAGAAUGUUGAACUCACAUAAACAUUGUUGAUGUAAUCUUCAUCCCAUUAAUGUAUAGGGGAAAAAUAUGUAAUAUUUUUGCGACUCAGACAAAAAUAAGUAAAAAAAAAACUGCUUGUGCUUAUGGGAUAAAAUAUUUCAGUACUCUCAAGAAAUUGAAAGGUUGUUUUAAAGUUUGUAUGAUACAAUCUGUGUUUCCCUUGAACAAAACUUUACUUGUGGAUUAAAUGAUUUGAUUUCAAAUUACAAAUCUGUAAUGUGAAAACUGUGAUUGCUUUUAAGAUUGUAUAGAUUUUGUUGAGAUACUUGCUUUUAACAAAAUCAUUUAGCUCACUCGAUUAGAUUUUUGUUGUGGUAUGGUAAUUAUUUUAAUAAAAUCAUAAUGAGUUCUCCUUUUUUAAAUAGCUCGAUGUUGUGCUGACAACUUUAAAAAAAAAUAGAUGACAGUUUUAAUGUAAAUUAUUGAUUUUUUUUUUUAAAUUUUAAUUAGUUGUUACAUCUGACAUAUUUUCAUGAAGAAAAUGUAUAUGCAACUUUUUGGUGUCAAUAUUUCAAAGCCAAUAAAGUCUAAUAGUUUUCAUUGUUAGUGGUAAAACCUUUUAAUGAAAGUCAUAAAUUUGAUUGUUUUACUUUUGAUGAUUAUUUUAUGAUUGGCCUCAAUUAGAGAAAAAGUCAAUCUGGCAUGUCUUACAGCUUUUCCUUCUCACACCUUUGUGAGGAUUUAUCUCACAGCACAAUAGCCUUCACAUACCUUUGUGAUGGUUUGUCAUGCUGUGAGUGUGGCAAAGAUAGAAGAGUCUUGGACAUUGGAUUGAUUUCAUUAUAUAUAUUAUAAAAGAUGGUUACAAUUUCAAGUUUUCUAAGCUAGCCCAAAGGUUACAUGGAUAUUAAACAUAAUAAAAAUGCCCUUGCUCAGUUUUAAAUGCUAUUUAUUUGUUUGGUUUCUUUUCACUUUAAAAUUAUUUGACAAAAAUCUGUCAAAUAUACAGCAAUGAGACUGUGAUUCCCAUCAUGUUGUCUUAAUAUAUAUAUAUAUAUAUUUGUAUAGUGUAUAUAGUUAGAGCUAUAUUGCUCAGUGUAUAAAAAGCAACAACAUUUUUUUCAAACCACUAGUUGUUGGUUCUCAACAUUCUGACAAUGUGUUGAUUUAGAUUUCUGAAUUAUUUUUUUUCUUUCCAAGAGUGAACUAUGUGAAGUCUUUCAUGAUGACAUGCCUUUUUGGAUGAGUAUACAUUUUUGAAUGUAUAUUCUCCACAUAAGGUCAAAUAAAUGUGUGUCUGUCAUUUUUGUUUGCUAUGGAAGCAUAAAUGAAACAAACAAUAUCUUUUUACAUGCUCAGUUGACUACUUAAUGUGGGAGCAAUCUAAGGCUUGGCUGUAUUUUUUUGAACAUUCAAUGUAAAAUAUAGCAUAACUAUUUCCUGUCUCCAUUUUUUUUCCUUGUACAAAGCCUAUGGAAUUUGUAUCAUUUUGAAAAUAAAUAUUUGAUGUUAUGUCUUUUUUUUUUUUUUUUUCACCUAGCUAUAUCACUGUUUGCAAAUUAAGUUGGUAAUGGGUAAUGUUUAAUGGCAACAAAAAAAUGUGCUUAUUUUCUAAAUUUUCAAUUUAUGUGUAUUGUAUCCAUCUCAUAAAUUUACUAAGUGUAGCAAAUAAGUGCAUGGAGUAGUUUCAAAAUUUGGAUGAUAUAUAUUAACCAUUUUCAAUGUGUAUUGAUGUAAAUAUGCCUAAUUUGGUUGUCUUAUACAAGUAAAUUUAGCCUAGAUUAGCAGCACUGUUAGAGAUUAAAAAUUUUCUAUCUAAUUAUUAUGAUUAUUCCUUGUCCCCCAAAAAAUCCUAUUUUUUUGUUUCUGGCCAAAGUAAAGAAUUUAAAAAAAUGAAAGUAAUGUUUCUAUAAAAGAAGAAGACGAGCUUAUCAAUCUCUAUGGCCAAAGUGUGUUGUAUUUCUUCUGCAAUGACCAAGAGAUAGAAUUAUCACCCAAGAUUUGAAGCUGCAUCUUUGGAUCUUGCCACAUUUGAAAGUACAUGUUGGAAAAUAACCACUUUCUUUAUCUACAUGAGACCUUUUGAAACAGAAUUCUGAUAAAGACUUGUGUCUUGAACCUACCAGCUAUUCCCUUAUAUAUAUGCACAUCGAAUGUUUCAAUUGUGUGGCAGCACAUGUAAUGUGUCACAUUGACAUUAAAUGAGUAUGCCUUCAAGUAUAUGCUGUACAAAGAUAUGACUUCAGUUGUUUUUUUUUUUUGUUAGAAAGAUAUAUUCUUGUACAUACAUGUAUACAAGGUUUAAGGUUUGGAAGUGGAGAGCUGAGUUCCAAAGGACCCAAAAUUACAUUGACUCAAAUGUCAGUUAUGAUCACCAUAGUCUAUUGUGAAUAUUUUUCACCUAACUGUUGACAAGUGAUUUAUAAAGCUAGAAUAGCUGUUUCAGUGAUAUAUGUUAAGGUACAGGGUAGCUGGUGUGUCAGAAUGCUCAUUAAGGUACUUGGGUAGCUGGUGUGUCAGAAUGCUCAUUAAGGUACAGGAGUAGCUGGUGUGUCAGAAUGCUCAUUAAGGUAGCCAGUAGUGUCAAAAUGAGAAUGUAAAGAAGAAAAAAAAAAGUUUAACAGAUUUGAAGUAAAUUAAGCGAUACAAAUAGGCCAGUAAAAAAAACCAACUAAGCAUUGUGAACAUCUAUAACUGUCUAUGAAAUGUUUAGAAAACAAAAAAGUAAAAGAUAAUUGUUAAAUGUACUUUGUAAAUAUAAUUAAAUCAAUGAUCCAAAUGAUAGAUUUCUCAGCUCAUAUAGUAAAUAAUUUAAAAAUUCCUGUACUUUUCACAUGACUACAUCCACUUAAUUCUGGUACUUACAAAACUCAGCUCUUCAUGUACAUUUUUUUUUUUCAAAAGCAACUUCUUCAAUGUAACAACAAAUUUAUCUUUGUGAUCACAUUUCUUUUCAAUCUGCAAUUAUACUAAACUUUUUUUUUCUUUUGUUGGAUUUCAAUUCUUAUCAGAACUAACAACAUGAAAGCUAGUUACAUAACUCUAGAUCUGUAACAUAAUUUUUAAAUAGUAAGGGAGAUGACUAUGAUAAUUCCACACACAGAAAUUAAAGACAAUUUUAUAAAUAAAUGGAGCGUUUGUUGCAAAAAAAAAUAUUUUUUUAAAAAAGAUUGGAAUGUGUAUCUAAAUAUACAUGUAGGCCUUCUCAGUACAUAUCAAUACAUUUCCAUAGUAAGCUCAGAGGGCAUACAUGUUAGAGACUGUUGUAAGUCUGUUGUUUAUUUGGACCACUUUUAAAUUAGGUUUCUUUAUCCUUUUUAUUGUUACAAAAUACUGGUAUUCCUAAAAUUAUUUUAAAGAAAUUUCUUUUACAUGUGAAUCAGUUUUUCUAUUGUUUAAAUUUCAGGCACAUUUUAGUGACCCCUAACUGGGAAUAUUAGUUUUGUCUGGUCUGUUUUCCCUUCUAUCAUGUUUAGAUGUCAAGAACUUAAAGCAUUAUUGAAAAUCCCUUAUUUAUACAAAUUUAAAAACACAGAUUUAAGAGAUUGUGGUUCGUUUUAUUUGAUAUUGUGUGUGUGUGGUAUCUUUCACUUCUAAACAUCGUAAACAGGUGAAAAAAGUGCAUUUUCUAUAAAGGAAAAAAGGAUUGUUGUUAUUGAUAGUUUGUAGUUCUAAUAUAAGCACAUGAAUAGAAUGUUUAGGUACACUUAGUGCUCUAUAUCAACACAGACAAUUAUAAUAAAUCAUUAUUGAUAUAUUCUUGUAAUUAUACCCUUACUUGACCCUAUACCUUUGACUUGCUUUGUUGUCCAAAAGGAAGCCUAUGUUCACACACACUCUGUUCAUUAUCUUGUACUAGUCGACCGGCGGCAUAGCAUACGCUGCUAUUUUGCAUGGCCGGUCUUAGGCCACUGCAACCUAUGCGACCGCAGUGGGCCCCCACUUUCAAAGGAUCCGCACUUUCAUAGGACCCGCUCUAAUUCAAGGUAAUUAUUAAAUUAAACCAUUUUAUAACUUAAAACAGAUUUCCCGCGCCCUCCUGUUGAUUUACCAGUAGCUCCUGGAAUUCUCCCGAAAUCGCAAAAUAUAUGAAAAAGUCCUUAAAUAUACGGAAAUAUAUACACAAAAAUUGUCAUUUUGGGCUGUCAUUCAAUAUGGAAAACAAUUCUCAAAGAGUGAUUGAAACAUUUGGUAUUUCUUGCUAUUGAGCGGGAUCUAUGUAGGAAACAGAAUUAUUAUGAUAUACUGUAUGACCUAGCUACACGCUAGGCUCGUAAAGUAAUUCUGUACGUAGUAAAGAAUGAAUAAUUGCAUAGACGAAUUUACUUUCUAAUAAAAACUCUUAAUAAAUUUUACUUAUUUUCUGCUUCCUUACCCAAACUUGGCCCCGCGAAAUCCGUUUUACAUAUAGUAGAUUACUUAGAUUAGUUCCUAGUCCAAACAUCCCGCAGGACAAAGGGGCAUGGGAGCGGGCAGGGUUUGAUACAUUUAAACGACAGUCAAGCGCGAGCCAGUCUCCGUAGUGUGAAUAUUACUCUUGUUUUCUCGUGGACAGAAAUACUUCUUACUACUCAACAAAAUUCUUGAGGGAAGAGGAGAAUUAUAUAUAGAUAGAUUUUAAGAAUUUGUGAGCUCAGAACUUGUUUUUCUUGCUAUUUUAAAUGCUUUGAAAGGGAUGGCUUGUUUUUUUUUUGUUUUGCCACAGGUCAUAUUACAUUCCAAUUUUUUAUUGUGUUGUUAGUCUGAUUUGAUUGCAUCUUAAGUUUGUCUACUUUCAUUUUUGUUCUUAUUGAAAAGAAAUUGUCUUUCUCAAAUAUUCUAUUGAUAUUUCUUUUGUAUAAUUUUUGUUUAUGUGAUGUCAUUUUCAGCAAUCAGUUACAAUAGUUUUAUGAGUCAAAUUUGUGGGUUGUUUUUUUUUUGUUAAAGCUGUGUAACUUUUGGUUCAUUUUAUGAAUAUAUGAAUAAAUUUUUGGAACUUAAGAACUAACGGAUAUAAUUUAGAUAACCAUAGGAGCAGAAGAGAUAUGCCACAACACUUUUCAUUACAAAAUUUAUUUAUUUUUAAUCUAUAAAUAACACAUGCUUUAAUGACUUAAAUGAUGAAGGAAAAAAACAACCUUUUAAUUCCAUCAUAAAAAGAAGCUGUUUUAAAGAAGCUGUUUUAGUAAGGUCCUUAUUGGAUGUGAUGAUAUUGAGCUCCAGAAAAUAACCGAAAAAUGUAUGUGCAGCAGCCAUAUAGAAUACCUUGACUUUAUGUUAAUGGAAAUAAUUUUGUUUUGGUCAGUGUUUCAAGAAAUCAUUAAGUACAUUAGCUAAAUGUUAAACAGUAAUUGUACUUAUAAAAUACAAGAUAGGCAAUGACCAUGAGUUUGACCAUUUUUACUAUCACUUGAAUGUUGCAUGUCAUUUCUAUCACUUGACUACAAGAUGUUGAUCUUCUCACACAGCUAAUGUUUUGUAAUUCAAUGAAUUAGAUUUUUUUAUAGACAAGUCUGACCUCUAAAUAUAUUGUAAUUAAAGCAGGGUCAUCAGAGAUUACUUUAAAAAAAAUGGUGCCAUUUGCAUAAAUAACAGGUUCACCUUACCACUACAUGAAAUUGUAGUGCCUUAAAUUUGUCAACAUGUAUCACACACAUUUUUUUGUUUGUUUAGCAUUGGAAAUGAAUGGUAACAAUGUAUUAGAGAGGGAUCACAUACGUUCAUUCUUGUUUAAAAUAUAUGUUUGUUGAAAUCAUUUGUUAUUGAAACCAUAUUUGCUGCAAAUAAAAACUUAACAAACAA